AACGGAUUGCUCUGUGUAGCAAUUAGUGCAAACGGAACGUAUCUUCAUUCGAUCCUGCAACCGAGCAGCACCAAACACGGAACCGAACGGCCGACCGAAAACGCUCUUAUCUCAACGAACCUGGAGCACAGCCACAGCGAGGAGGUGAAACUCGCGAAACGUUCCUCCAUACAGUGCUCAGUGCUUGCUUGCUCGAUUGAGGUCUCGAUAUCUUUCGGUAAGCGCGUAAGUCGCACCUCAGCUACUCAGCUACUCCCUCGUCCGCUGAAAGAUGUACAACCUGCGAAUGGAAACGUUUCAUCGAGUGCGGUCAUGAGUGAGAUGCCCAAGUACGCCAAACUGCAUCCCAGUGCAGUGUUUUUUGUGCUUCAACUGACCUGUAUGCUGCCUUGUUCGCACGCCAUUGAAAGCCGAUCUUCGUCUGAUACUGAAAUACCCAAAUUGCAACAGUGUUCCACCGGGGCAGAUACCCAGCUCAAGUGCGGCAUCAAGGAGCAGCACGCGGACCACAUGAACUCCUCCGACGUGCGGUGGUACUUUAAGUCUUGUGGUGGCGGCUUUCAGCAAACGGCCUGCAGUAACCGAGCCCUGCUGGAUGCACUCGACUGGCAGCCGCUCGAUUGCGAUAAUAAACCGUGCCGAGUAACGCUGACGAUACAGAACGCCUCAGAGACGGAUGCCGGCCUGUACCGCUGCACGAUACACCCCUACCGGACGGACAAUCGGACGCAGCUGGACAUUCAGCUCGUCCGUACGUUCGAGCUCGUCGUGACAAAAUGGCCGCUGGAUGAGUCCAUACCGGCGCCGGAGCUGCUGGACAAUCUGCCCGCUAACACGACGGCCCUGGCCGAGGCGCAAAUUGUGCUGCAGUGUCGCGUGCACAGCAAGGUGCCGCCCACCAUUAAGUGGUUCCGGCGUAUCAACAAACGGCUCGGGGAGCACAACUUCAAUCAGAACAAAUCGAUCCGCUACUUGGAGAACUUCUACGAGCUGCUGCCGUCGGCGGGCGAGAAGCUCCUGUCGCACGAUGUCUAUCUGAGCAAGCUGAUUCUGUACAAUGCGUCCGAGCGCGACAUCGGGAUAUACGUGUGCGUUGGCAUUAAUUAUGUCGGUGUCAGCAUGGCCGAUGCGUACGUCAAUCUGCUGAAUCCCAACGGCACACCGGUGGAGGAAGGGGCGGGCGGUGCAUACGUGGAGCUUAUGGUGCUGUUUCUAAUACCGGUUGCAUUGGCGCUCAUUCCGCUGCUCGGCUGGAUAGUGUUGAAUUUGCUACGUGCCAAGCAUCAGGCGGAGGAAAAAUCGCUAGUGCAGCUUCACGAUUCACUUGUGUAUGAGCCGAACGUACACGGCGGCUCAGCUGUGCAGCGGAUACAACAGGGAAGAAACGUCGUUAGAAUAAAGAACACGGAACACUUGUAUGAGAAGGUUGACAUAGUGUAAGUACUUAUCAGUGUCAUUCGCAUGUACAUAGUUAUUAUAACUGUUCGUAUAAAUGUGUUAAACUAAGCAAUACUAAGUAAAUCAUUGUGAAUAGCCGCAAGAUAGAUAAAUCAUUAUUGGAGAAACAGAUUAAAUACUUACUUAUCCGGCGCUACAACCGCUUUGCGGUCUUGGCCUGCCUCAGGAGUGUCCGAAACCGCUCACGGUCUCGCGCCUUCGUCUGCCAGUCCGUUAUCCCGGCCUUAAUGGCGGACGCCUCACACAGAUUAAAUAGGUUAUCAUAAAAAACGCAAAUUCCUUAUUACCAAUGUUUUUAAAACUUGUAGUUCAAAUAUGUUAUCAAUUAAAUCAGUAAAAUAAACCGUUAA